AUGAGACUUCGCGGCUCGACAAGACAACGACCUGUCUGCUGGACGUCUCUGCCCGCCGAGAUUCGCCUCAUGAUUUUGGAUGCGAUUACACAGCAGAAGCAUCCCGGCUGGGCUUCUUUCGCAUCCGUCUGCAAAGAAUGGCAGUCCGUCAUAGAGAGGCGAAACUUCCACCGGCUGAAGCUACGAGCGUCUUGCCUCAAUGAUUUUGAACGUAUCAUCGUUCGUCCGAGAGAGCUCGUUCGCCAUAUUUGCCUCGAUAUCGAAUUGCGGAAGUACACAUGCCGAACUUGCGAAAAGAGCGAACGGUUAGGGCAAAACAGCUUAGUCUUUACCAAGGGAAUCGAAAAGUUAUUCCGUAUCCUCAGCACCUGGAAGCUAGCGAAUGGCUUGACGUUGGAGCUCAACGCCUAUUCUCCCAGCGACUCGGACCACUGGUUUAAGAACUAUUAUUUCACCUCCAGUAACGACGGUAACGGAGACGCAACUUCUACACAUUUUACACAGGAAACCAACCGCAAGUGGCACAACCCAGAGCACGAUUGGGCCAAUGGCCGACAGCAUACGACUCCCCCUAGUUUCGUCAAGCGACACCUUCCCCAAACUCUCAAGAGAAUAUCGGCUUUUGAAGAUUUCAGCGAAGAUAUUGUCGCAGCACUGGGCGGCGCUGUCCCCGCAUCAAGCUGGAGCUGGUCCUUUUUGUCGCACACGGCCCCCGGGGCGAUCCUAGUGAGCGCCUCCCGCGUCGUAGAACCCCAGCUUGGCGCGGCUUUUGCUGCAAGGAGUCUCGACCUUGAACAGCUCUCCGUCUCUUACAUGGUCAACGCCCGGGAUUUCUUCCAGGCUUGCACGCCAACUUGGACUUGGGAGCGCCUGGAUCGUAAGGAGAUCGAUGCCUUGCUGUUCAACGCUGGUAUUACCGCGCUUCGGAUGCCGAAACUGCAGACUCUAGUCCUCUGGAAUGGCCACACAGAGAAUGCAUGUGCAUUUAUACACCACACGGGCAAGGACCAUGCCUCUGUCGCCUGGCGCGGCACAUGGAAUAUGGACUUGAGCCCUCGCGUGGUCGAACUGUGGCGACGCGUGGCCUUCGAGGGCCAUUCGCGUCACGCACUUCGGGUCGACAAGCAGCGGGCGCGAGGCGUCAUCGAGUCCCAUGGCGAUGCCAUCUAUCAUUUGAACUUUCCCUGUCAAGUGGUUUCGCCCGUGUCCCUCUGGCAAAUACGCAAGGAAGCAACCGAUCGCAGCGCAUAA